UCGACGCCGUGCACCGCUGCUAACCGCACCACUUCUCUCUCGCCGCUGUCUUUUUCCGUGGCGUCUGCGUUGCCGUCGGGAUGUCUCUUGAGCUACUCGGCCGUUUCUCUGCACUUUCACAGACGUUUCCUGAAAUGAUGAUUUGUAAAGAGGAAGAGACAUACGACGGUGAGCGUGCUAGUACUUUGGCUAGAAAAGGGGAGCUGCACCUGGACCUAGUUUCAGCCGUUAAAGGACUACAUGCUCUUAAUUCUCAAGAGCUAAGCAGGUUGAUCAAGGAUGCUGACAACAAUAUUGUAAGACAUACUACUCCCGAUGGAUCAAAUGUGCAGGUUGAUUUGGAAAAACUCACUAGACACCUUGGUUUGCACCUGAUUGCGGUGGUCAUGGCACGGGAAACAAAUGAAGCACUGCUGAAAUACUUGUUAUCUGGUUUUCAGCUUUUGUACGCCUUGAGUGAUAUAGCAUCUCGGCAUCCUAAACUUGAAGAGAUAUUGUUUGAUGAUAUUAAAAUAUCGGAACAGCUACUUGAUCUGGUCUUUUAUUCUCUAAUCAUACUUUGUACUCAAAGUCAGAAAAUUCAGGAUUCAAAUGACAUGGUUCUUUUGCACUCCACUCUAGUUGCUUCCAGCUUGUAUGUAUUGACAGCCUGUAUUUCUUCACAAUGGCAUGAAUUAGCUCAAGUUUUUCUGGCAUACAAUAAGGUUGAUAUAUUCAUGGAUGCUACAUUUGCUGCCCUUUGCACUGAUAUAAAGUCUCUUCAGAGCAGUCUGUCAGUUGAAUAUUCUGAUUCUUGUGCUGAAUCUACUUCUAAGGAUGUAGAAAUAUUGCAUCAUUUGUGCCAGCAGUGCGAGGCCUCUCUACAGUUUAUUCAGUCACUAUGCCAGCAAAAAGUGUUCCGCGAUCGACUUCUUAAGAAUAAGGAGCUAUGCAGUAACGGUGGAAUUCUUUUUUUGGCUCAAUCAAUCAUGAGCUUAAACAUAUCUUCAUUGUUCCUGGAGUCUUCUUCAAUCGUAGCAUCUGUUUCUAGACUAAAAUCUAAAAUUUUGUCUAUUUUGUUGAACCUCUGUGAAUCGGAGUGUGUCUCUUAUUUGGAUGAGGUUGCGAGCACUCCUACAAGCCUUGAAUUGGCAAAGUCUGUUGCUUUUAAGGUUCUUGAGUUAUUGAAGAACACAUUUGAAAGGAAAUCCCAACAACCUUAUGCUUUGUCUGAGAAAACCUACCCAAGUGGACUAUUGCAACUCAAUGCAAUGCGACUGAUUGAAAUAUUCUCCGAUGAUUCAAAUUUCCGGUCCUAUAUCACCACACACUUUGAGGAAGAUGCUACUCUAGAGUAUGUUCCAUUUGCAGCUGCGGGGUGGCUUUUCAGUUUUUUUUCAUCGUAUCAGUUGAUUGGGGCUUCUUCAGAAUUAACGUUGCUCCCUUGCAAUGUAUCUAGAGUACCCUCUGGACACCAGAGAACUUCCUUAUUGGUGAAAAUUAUUGCAAAUCUUCACUGUUUUGUUCCCGACAUCUGUAAAGAUGAUAAGGAUCUUUUCCUUAAAAAGUUUCACGAGUGCUUGCAAAAUGAACCAAGCAAAUCAGCUGUAAGUUUUACAUCUAUCUGUUAUGCUGAAAAGGUGGCUGUUAUUUGCAAAAACCUAGGUUCACUUCUGAGUCAUGCAGAAACCUUAAUUCCUUCUUUUCUUAAUGAGGAGGAUGUGCAACUUUUAAGGUGAUCUAUAUAAAAAACUUGCAAGCAUGUU